AUGAAGCAGGAGUCCGGUGUAUCUGCGUCCGCGGAGAGGUCCACACACUGCGGGGACAUGCGGUGGAUCGUGGCCGCUCUAGGUGCACUGUUUGUCGGCUUGAUGCUCUCGGGGUGCUCCGCUGAAGAGGCGUCCUGUCACGGAGCCUACGACCUGUACUUUGUGCUGGACCGGUCGGGGAGUGUGGCCGGAGACUGGGGGGAGAUCUACUUGUUUGUGAGGAAUCUGACCGAUCGAUUUGUGAGCCCCAGAUUGAGAGUUUCCAUUAUCUUAUUCUCGACUCAGGCUCAGGUCCUUCUGCCUCUCACUGGAGACCGUCAUCAGAUCGAGGAUGGUCUGAGACGUCUGCAGAUGGUGCAGCCAGCGGGAGAGACGUAUAUGCAUGAGGGGAUGAAAGAGGCCCGGACGCAGAUCGAAACUCAAAAUAUGAAGUCGUCCAGCAUCAUUUUAGCUCUGACAGAUGGAAAACUUUCAGUGUUCAUCAACGAGCUCACGGUCAAAGAGGCGGACGAGGCGCGCAAGUUCGGGGCUCGUGUUUACUGCGUGGGAGUGAAGGACUUUGACGAGCAGCAGCUUGUCAACAUCGCCGACACCAGAGACCAAGUGUUCCCGGUCAAAGAUGGCUUCCAAGCACUCAAAGGCAUCGUCAACUCGAUAUUGAAGCGGUCGUGCACUGAGAUCCUGAGCGUGGAGCCGUCCAGUGUGUGUGUGAAUCAAUCCUUCGACAUCGUGUUGAGAGGAAACGGCUUCGCUCUGGGCCGCAGCGAGGAAGUGGUCUGCAGCUUCACCCUCAAUGAGGAGACCAUCAGUGAGAAGCCCAGUGUGGUGAGAAAUGACUACCUGCUGUGCCCAGCUCCCAGCCUCUCCCAUGUGGGACAGACGAUGGAUGUUCUGAUCAGCCUGAACAAUGGGAAGUCCUUCAUCUCCAGCCCCUACACUAUCACAGCCUCCACCUGUUCCGACGGCCUGGUGGUGGGGAUCAUCUUCCUGGUCCUCUUCCUCAUCUUGGCCCUGGUCUUCAUGUGGUGGUUCUGGCCCCUGUGCUGCAAAGUGGUCAUCAAGGAUCCUCCUCCGCCACCACCUCCAUCCCGACCUCCUCCACCGGAGCCUGAACCUUUGCCCAAAGGUAAAUGGCCGACAGUUGACGCCUCGUACUAUGGAGGACGAGGAGCAGGAGGCAUUAAACGCAUGGAGGUGCGCUGGGGGGAGAAGGGCUCCACAGAGGAGGGGGCACGGCUGGAGAUGGCCAAGAAUGCUAAGAUCUCCAUUCCUGAGGACGCAGAGGAGCCCAUGGUCCCGAGGCAGAAGCCCAGGCCUGGUCCCGCACCGCAGCAGCACAAGUGGUACACCCCCAUCAAGGGUCGUAUGGAUGCUUUGUGGGCUCUGCUGAGACGACAGUACGACAGAGUGUCACUGAUGCGGCCGACAGGAGCAGACCAGUCAGAGCGGUGUCGUGGGGGGAGUGGGCUGUUUGAUGGCCGACAGCAUGCCCCACGGGUCAUGAAUAUUCAGCGCAGCACCAGGUUACAAGGACUGUACAGGUGUAAAGGAGCCCACUGUCAUACGCAUCUGUUCUGCUCGGGGAAUCGCACCCCCACGCCCCUGUCUGUCUGCCUCCCCUUCAUGUGGAGUUAA